CAUGUGAAGCACUCACUCAAACACUCCCCUCCUCCGUCUGCCACCCUCGUUUGGAAGUGGGCACCGGUGGCAGGUUAAGCCACCUUGAACUUGGUUGCUGAGCUCAGUUGGGUGUCAGAGCUGUGACGUGCACACGCAAGCGAUUGGAGAAAACGCGGCGGGGUCCAGGACACUGCAAGCCUGACACUUUUGUGGAUUUGUGUGUUUUAAGACGUACUAUCAUUGGCGCGUCGCUACUUAUCAACUCCUUGAAGCUUUCGGGGCAAAAAAGAAGACGAUGUCCAGGCGGAAGUUGGGCAGCAAACCGCAGCACCGGAGCCAAUUUCAACGUGAUCAAGAUGCUGCUCAAGUGCUACUUCCUUCGCCAGAAAAAAUGGAAAUGCCUCCCACAGGGGACAUCGCCACCUGUGACAUUUUAACCUGUGGACAGUGUCGGCAUAGCUUCCCUUUAGCAGACAUCCUGCUCUUUAUUGACCACAAAAUAGGACAGUGUGGCAGCAGGGGUGGCUACUGUGUGAAGGAGGGAGAGUUAAACAGCCCACAUUCUCCCUCAAACUUUGGAAGAUCACUGAGUCUGCCUGUAGGAUUCAUUGGCCAGGAAUCUAUGGACAUGAAGAUGUUGUCAGCUUAUGGUACAGAAGAGACUGUCAGAGAAGAUACAGAAGAGCCAUCUUGCUUCAUUUGUCAGCUUUGCAAGGAGCUGUUCACUAGUGCCUGGUUCCUCCUGCAGCACGCACAGAACACACAUGGUUUGAACAUCUACUUGGAUCCUGGUAUGACACCUUUCGCUCCUGCAAACAGCGUUGGCGACCCGGAAUCUCUUCAUGAGUCUCUGUACACAGCACGGCAGCAGGAUUCAGAGUGCCUUACCCACAGAUCUUCACCUCUGUUUGUGCAGUCUCCCUACCAGCAGGUGAGCGCUCAGAUGGACUCCUCUGAAAAGCACCAUUUCUCAGACAGUGAAAGCAGUGCCUUAAAGUCCACCUCUCUCGACAGUACCGGACAGGAGCAAAACCUUGGCUUCUCUACUCGGCUUCGAAAGUUGGCUGGGACUAUCCUUUCCAUGGAGAAAGGGUCCCCAGGGUCCUACAGCCCAACAUUUUCCGGAAGAGCAGAUUCACCCCUUCUGCAAGCCCCCAAUGCAGCCAUGUUACUUGCCGCCAAAACUAAGGACUGUGAGUACUGUGGGAAGUCCUUCAAGUCUCUAAGCAAUCUGGUAGUCCACCGACGAAGCCACACUGGAGAGAAGCCGUACCAGUGCCCCUUCUGCGACCAUGCCUGCACUCAGUCCAGCAAACUGAAGCGCCACAUGAAGACUCAUAAGCUCAAAAUGGAGGGGGCCUCAUGGAACAGCUAUUUGGAGGCCACGGCAGUUCUGCGUGGAAAGGGGAGGGUGUUUGAAAAUUCAGAGCGGAGAUCUGAGUACACCAAGCCUUCAGUAGGGAAAAACCACAACGUUUCAGUUAUCGCCAGUGCUGCAGCAGAGGAAACAACUGUGGAAGAUCAGGAGUUUGUCCUGCAGACAGCGGUGUCUGCCGAUGUGCCCCCCAAAAAAAGCUCUGAACUUUCAGACGGGAAAGGUGAAAUGGAGAUGAGGAAUGGCAGUGAGACUGCAGAAUUGACAAAGAAAAAGAAUUCUGGGAAUAGUUUCCAUCUGUUUGCCAACAAGAGCCUACUCUCCUCCUUAUCUCUUACAGGCACUUCCGCAAGCACACAAGAUUUGCUGCAUCUGCUCAGCCAGAGGAUAAAGCUGGAGGGACAAGAUUCAGUACAGAAUGGACAAAUUCUGACCCUUCCAUCGGUGUACCAGAAUAGCCUGUGCUCCCAGUGGUUAUCGACUUACAAGGAGUCCGUCAGCAAGAUGAUCAAAAAGGAGGACUCAGCCUCCAGCCCCACUCCCGAUUCCCUGUCCUCUCUAUUUGGAAAUUCUUCUGAGCAUUCGCUGGAGAAGGUCAACGGCAAUGCCCUCACCGAGGACAGCUCAGAAGAGGCGAUGUCGUCGGAAAGUGGAAUUGCCAGUGGCAAUUGUACCCCCAAGCAGAAUGGGCAGGAGCGGGCAGUUUCAAGUGAUGGGAGUGGAGGGCUUGGACCUGCUUUAGGUAGCAGAGGUGGCAUUUUGAUAGGAAAGCGCGGCGACACCUGCGAGUUCUGUGGGAAGCAGUUUAAAAACAGCAGCAACCUCACGGUACAUCGGCGCAGCCACACUGGAGAGCGCCCAUACCAGUGUACCCUGUGCUCCUACGCCUGCGCCCAGAGCAGCAAGUUGACGCGUCACAUGAAGACACACGGGCAGCUUGGCACAAAGUCGCCCUUUGUCUGCCCCUAUUGCCACGUGCCCUUCUCCGUCUACUCCACCCUGGAAAAGCACAUCAAGAAGAGGCAUGACGGAGAAGCAGAGGCUGACAAAGCGGCUCCUGCCAGUAGUACUGAAAACGAGUGAGGGUACAAUGGGGUGAUUCAUUGAACGCUAUGUUGGCAUUCUUUAAGUUGCUGUCUUCAGGAGACAAUUUCUUGCAAAGAAAAAAAAAAACUCAAUUACUUGAUUCUGGAUAUCUGUGCUCCUCCAGUUUUGAGUUGGACGUUACCUGUUUGGUCUUCCUGUGUUUUCAGAUUCAAUGUCAGGUGAAACCUUUUUGGUGGUGAUGUCUUCCUAUGGGUCAGCUUUAUAGAUACCACUCGAGAACUGUCAUUCAGCUACUUGAUGCUCCUUUUAACUUGAAAGCUGUGUCAGCCUAAUUAGAGUAAGCACUCCAUGGCCACUUGUGGUUCAGGUCUGUGGUAGGACCAACCAGGACAGUUCUUGGCCUUUGCCCGUUCUGAAUCGGUGUCUUUUAGCCUGGUCAGUGCACUUAACGUUUCCUCAGGACCAGCUCUUCUUCUUCUUUCUUUCAUUCUGCACAAAAUUCCCCCGCAUUUAGCUUAUUGGAUUAGCAGCCUUUUACCAACUGCGGUCCUUUCCAGAUUCUUUGCCAUUUUAUUCUUUUAUUUUUAUAUUUCAUUUUCAGUUUUAAUAUAGAAUGGGCCAACUGACCAAAUAAAUAAACUUAGUACAGGAGAAAAAUGAGCCAUGCAGAGCUAGCUGCCAUAAGAACUUCAGUACAGCUAAGACAUAAACAGAAGCCAUACCCGGGUGGCCAUUCUGCUUAAUCACCUCAGUUAGUAUAUGUUACUGGUUUCCAUUUAAAUGGAAUUUAAAUGCCAGUUUUAC